AGCUGGGAGGUAAGUCUCUCCAGACAAGUCUCAUCGCAGCGUUGCGUUCAAGCGAGACCAGAAAACCUGUUCAUCGCCAGAGUGGAAAUAAAAUCCAUAAAUGAUAUGAUCAAAUGUUAAUACGAAAUCGUGACAAGGCAGGUGUUAAGGUGUUUAGGGAUCGGAAAAAACUUUAUAAGGUGGCAACUUUCGGGAACACAGCCACAGAACGCCUUCGAACGCCUUCGAAUGCAAAGGACUGUAAAGGCAAAUUCGACCAGGAAAAUGAAUUUUGCAAGCAAAAUGAGAGUGCUGUUGGUGCUUGGCACAGCUCUCCUCUCCCUGGCACAGGCCGCAGAGGUGCCGCAGACCACAGGGGCAACCACAACGACAGGGAAACCCCAGCAGGGGGAGCUGCCCGAGCACAUACAGACACUGAUAACCAAUCACAUCCAUCACGUGCUCCAGCACGUGAAGAACAAUCCUCAGAGGCCCCACACACUGACUGGCACUGUGGAGGCGAGCAAAGGGAGCGGGUCGCCAGUGGCUGAGCCCUUUUCAGGUCUCCUUCCACCACUUGCACACCCUAGUGAUGUCCAUCUCCCUGCCCCUGACCAGCCAACGGCUUCACCUGCGCUGCAACCUGGCCUACAACCGCUGCAAGCUAAUGAUCCACAGGUGAGGGUGAUAAAUCACGAGGCCACCGGCUCCAUUUUCCACCAGGGGCGCCCGGUGGUGCAGAACAAGGUAGUGAUGCCCCCGGUGCCGCAGGUGGUGCUCUCCCUGCCCGGCCAGCAGCCCGCCGAUGUUGCGGACAAGGUGAACAAGCUGCAGCAGCAUGUCACUCAUGUGAUGCAACAGGCGCAGCUCCACAUUCCUCUGGCCAUUCAAGAGGCGAUCAAGAGGAAGAAGGAGCAGCAGAAGCAGCAGGAAGCGAAGGAUCAGAACAAGGAAGAACAGAAGGAGCAACAGCAGGAAAACGAAGAUCCAAAGGCGCCCCAGCCGGACUCCCCAUCAACUCCAGUGCCAACAAAAUCCAAAACAGGUCGCUCCCUGGACAAGUGGCCUCACCACGCCAACCAGGUGAACAUCCCCCAGUUGAUUGCCCAGCAUGAAGAGGAGAUCGAGCUGGGCAAGUGCAGUUUCCAGUGUCCACGUCAGGCGCUGUCCAUCUGCGCCAGCAAUGGCAAGUGUGUGGUCAACUUUCCCGGCCAAUGCGAGCUGAGUCAAUGGAAUUGCUUCAAUACCAAAAAUGUUUUCCAUCAAGUGCACGAUGCCGAGUGCCAGAAUACCGUCACGUGCUAUAAGCGAGACAUGAUGUAGAGGUUGCAGGACCAUGCAACAGUCGUAACUCAAUGGAAUGUAUCUUAGAUUGUACUGCAAAUAGAGUAAAAUAAAUAAUAAAGAA